AUGAAGCUUUUCAAAAUAGUUGAUAAAAAACUUGGUAAUUUUUGUGAACGUAUAUUGAGCGAAUUUUUCAACAACACCCUGGAGUUAAAAGAAAGUUUCAAUAUUGAUUCAGAAUCCAAAGAUUUUCUCACUAUUUUCGAAGAAAAAGCGACAGAAAAGGAACUUGGUUUUAUCGCUGCGAGCGGAGACGUACAAGAUGAGUUUUGGAAAGUUUUGGAAAAAAUUCAAGUCUGA